AUGGCCACCAUCUCCAACCUCAAAGCCAUACGCGAAGUGAUAUCUAAGAAUGACGAGACAAGACGAAUGGUCAUGAGGUUGAAGACAAAGGACCUAGAUCCCGAAGAUUACCGCAAGUCAUUAUACAGCCUUGGGAGCGAGAUAUUCCCCAAUUGGGAAUCAGACUGCCGUAUCCGAUUCCUCGCCAUGAAAUGA